GGACCGGAGAGAGGCGGAGAAGCUGAUGAGUUCCCGCCGGCGCUAGGAACCCUCGCGCUCCGUUGUCUUUGUUUCCGGCCGGACCGCUGGCUCCGGGUCCUCCCGCGACUAGGCGAGUGGAAACGAAAGGACGCCGGAAGUCGGGAAGCAUGUCCAGCUUCUCCAGGGCGCCCCAGCAAUGGGCCACUUUUGCUCGAAUGUGGUAUCUCUUAGAUGGCAAGAUGCAGCCCCCUGGCAAACUCGCAGCUAUAGCGUCCAAGCGGCUUCAAGGUCUGCAUAAACCAGUGUACCAUCAGCUGAGUGACUGUGGAGAUCAUGUUGUCAUAAUAAACACAAGACACAUUGCAUUUUCCGGAAACAAGUGGGAGCAGAAAGUGUACUCCUCACACACUGGCUACCCGGGUGGAUUUCGACAAGUAACAGCUGCACAGCUUCACCUGAAGGACCCAGUGGCGAUUGUGAAAUUAGCUACUUACGGCAUGCUGCCCAAAAACCUGCACAGAAGGACAAUGAUGCAGAGGCUGCAUCUUUUUCCAGACGAGGAUAUUCCAGAAGAUAUUCUUAAGAAUUUAGUGGAAGAGCUUCCUCAGCCACGGAAAGUGCCUAAACGGCUGGAUGAGUACACCCAAGAAGAAAUAGAGGCUUUCCCAAGAGUGUGGACUCCACCUGAAGAUUAUCGGCUGUAGGAAAACGGGAAUGGUGAAGCAGCAGCAAGAGACCGAUGCUUCCUGGGGAACUGCCAUGACCCAGGACAGAGAGAACGGCAUGCCCUCCCUGUGGGAACACUCAAAGGCAGGACCCAGUAGCAUAUUGCAAUAGAGCGUACCACAUGCUACUUUACACAAGUGUCUUAUGGAACCUGAUUUAAGUGCUGGAAAUGUUAAUAAACCUGCUUACUAAGUUA